CCGGCGCGGGGCCCGGCGGGGCGGGGCGGGCGCCCCCCUCAGGCCCGGCCAGUGGAAGGCGCGGGUAGCGGCGGCUCCGAGUGGCCGCGGCUGUGGGCUGUGCCGGAGUCUCCUCCCUUUGGCCGGCCGCAGGCCUGCAACCCGCGUGUAGCCGCCAUGGCCCCUCCGCAGCUCUUCCGCGCGCUCGUGUCGGCGCAGUGGGUGGCCGAGGCGCUGCGGGCCCCGCGUGCCGGGCCGCCCCUGCAGCUGCUGGACGCCUCCUGGUACCUGCCCAAGCUGGGCCGCGACGCGCGCCACGAGUUCGAGGAGCGCCACAUCCCGGGCGCCGCUUUCUUCGACCUGGACCAGUGCAGCGACCACACCUCGCCCUACGACCACAUGCUGCCCAGCGCGGCGCACUUCGCCGAGUACGCGGGCCGCCUGGGCGUGGGCGCGGUCACGCACGUCGUGAUCUACGACGCCAGCGACCAGGGCCUCUACUCGGCCCCGCGCGUCUGGUGGAUGUUCCGCGCCUUCGGCCACCAGACCGUGUCGCUGCUCGACGGCGGCCUCCGCCACUGGCUGCGCCAGGGCCUCCCGCUCAGCUCCGGGAAAAGCCACCCGGCGCCUGCAGAGUUCCGCGCUGAGCUCGACCCCGCCUUCGUCAAGACGUACGAGGACAUCAAGGAGAACCUGGAUUCCCGGCGCUUCCAGGUGGUGGACGCCCGCGCCGCCGGCCGGUUCCGCGGCACCGAGCCCGAGCCCCGAGACGGCAUCGAACCCGGCCACAUCCCCGGCACUGUGAACAUCCCCUUCACAGAAUUCCUGACUGCGGAGGGCCUGGAGAAGAGCCCUGAGGACAUCCAUCACCUGUUCCAGGAGAAGAAAGUAGACCUGUCCCAGCCGCUAGUGGCCACGUGUGGCUCCGGCGUCACGGCCUGCCAUGUGGCCCUGGGGGCCUACAUCUGUGGCAAGCCCGACAUACCCAUCUAUGACGGCUCCUGGGUGGAGUGGUACAUGCGCGCCCAGCCCGAGGACAUCAUUUCCGAGGGCCGGGGGAAGACCCACUGAGGCCGGGCCGACGCAGGCAAGUUCAGCGAUGCCCGGGAUGCCCGGCCACCAGCAACGUACAGCCUGGUUGUUCCGACUCUGCUUUAACCAACAGAGUGUUUCUUUAGCCAACUCAAGUGGCAUUUGGGGUGACAUCCCAGAGGCCAGGAAUUCCACUGACUUGUGGGCUGCCGGUGGAGCCCAGAGAAGAGGUGACAGGCACAGGGGAGGGAGGCCAGAGCUCCGAGCUGCCCCACACGGUGCUGAGCAGAGGCCCCGCCUCCCUUCCCUUUUACUGUUGAGGAAAUAAAACUGCCAAGUGCCAAAUCCUUGUAGCCGUGGGGCUGCCUCAGUGUCCCUAAGGAGCCAGGGGUUCCGGCAUGCCCCGCCCAGGCUGCUCUGGGGAGCCCGAGGGUCUUGGGGGCCCUGUCUCUGCCUUUUGUACAGUGCUGGCGUCCCAGAGCCCUGAAAUGGCUCCUAGCAAAUGGUCCUCCACCCUGUAAUCCUGAGGGUGACUCCCUUCUGGCUUCUGGGCUAUUCAAGGUGACUUUUGCUGUGACAUGUCUGGGGUCCCACUAAAGCACCCCCACCCAGGUAAACAGUACUUCUCAUUUCAAGAAAGAGAUGGGUCCAGAGCUUAACAGGAGGCUGUCCCAGCCCAGCCGGGAUGUUCCGGGAAGGGCUGAGUCUGGCUGAUUGGAGAAGAGUCUGGUUCGAAACUCUGGGAAUUCACACUUGGAGGCUGCUCUCUGAAAACUGCCAGGAGUGGGCAGACCUGGGGAGCCUGAUCCUUUCUGCUCAGGAGAACAUACUCCCUGCUUCCCAAAGGUGACAUCUGUACCUCUGGCAUUGGGAGAGAAGGAGCAACAGAAUUGUGUUCCUGUCCUCGCAAAGCUUCCAGACCAGGGAGGAGAGACUGGUCUUUUGUAUCAUGUUUCCAGGGAGAAGGGAGUACUGUGAAAUGAUCUAUUUUAUAACAGGGUGAAGCUGUUCUCUGAAGUUCCUUGAUGUACCUAGAAACCAGCCCUGCCGGAGACGAAUACAAUCGCCUGAAAUUUUAUUAACUGGAGAAGAUUAAAACUCGUAUCCCAGAGGAAGAGACUGAACGUUAAAUACCCCACCUAGAGCUCAGAUGAACUUUGUCCCGAACUAUCAUCUGUUCUCCGUCCCAUUCAAUUUCCAAAGAAAAUUAUUCACUAACCAUUGUCUGAGCAUUGGGCCCAUUCAUUUCCUCCUAAAAAUCAUUGACGGUCCCUCAAACUGCCACAUUUCUCCCACCUCGCUCUCCCCCAUGAAGAAGGGUAUGUAAGCAUCUGUGUGCACCCCACUGGGUCCCGGGGUCAUCACUGUGAUUACCCCAUGCUACGCACAUUAGAAUAAAUUCUGUGUACCUUUCUCCA